ACCGUGAAGUUGGCUGUGGCCACUCACCUAAAAAAAGAAAUAAAAGUUAUAGAUUAAUAUAAUUAAGUGCAACAUUAUAGGCUGGCUCCUGCAUCGGAGUUGCACUCGUUGCGUAAUUACGCACGCUUGUGGGUGGUGUGCUAGGUUGGGACUGUAACAUAAAAAUGGCAUUGGCAUUGCGGGUGUUAUGCUUAGCCCACAGCAGUGGCAGUUUGGGAAGGUGGCCACAAGAGCGCCGCCGAUUGCUACGAUUAUGUUGCAGGUCUAGGCUGCAAAGCGGGCAGACAACGAAUUACAGUACACAAGAGCAGGAAUCAACGUCGACGGCAACGAAAGCUCCGCCGCAAAUUAAGCGAAAUGUUGCGUCCGAGAUAACAAGUGUUGGAAAGGUCAUUUAUGAGGCUAGCUGGGAUGCCAAGAAUUCCAAAAAUCUAGGUUCGCAAGUAAAAACUGGCACAACCGGCGAAAUAGUAGUUAGAACUGCAACUACUCCGAGCAGCGGGACACCGAAAGAGAACCAAAAUAAAGAUAAGGACGACGAGAAGGACAAAGAGCAGGAGCAGCCCAAGUCAAAGCGCGAACAGAUGCGCGACAAUGUGCAGGAAUAUAUCUUCACGCGUUACUUUAACUAUGUAAAAAAUUAUGACAAAGUUCUGGAGAAGAAUUUUCCGAAGGCUAUGCAGCUCUAUAGAGUGUUCUUCGAGGGAGUUAAGGACUUCUUUGCAGACAUGAAGCGUUUCUUGAAGAUUUCGCGCAUUGCCAACCAUGCGCCGCAGGGCAUACGGGCACUGAAUCGUCAAGAACUCGAGCUGUAUAUGCAAAUGCCGCGGGAUAUGAUGAAAGUAGCGCCUGCCUUAAUUGGCUGCUCCUUGCCAAUGGUAGGCUAUGCCUUCUUUCCGCUUGUCUUUUGGUACCCACGCAUUUUCCUAACACCGCACUUCUGGACGGAACCGCAGCGUAUCGAGUUCCAGAAAUACUAUACGAAACGCCGGCUUCAGUGCAACAAAUCGGUGCUCCGUUGCCUCCAGGCCAAACUCAAGCAGGUUGAGGGUCACCACAAGUAUGCAGAGUUCGAGGCGAUUCUGGGUCAACUUGGCAGCGGCACACAUCCUACACCGGAGGCGCUCAUCUCAGUCAAAGACAUUUUCGCCGAGGGACCCUACUCUCUGUUGGGCAUGUCGCGAAAACACGUCAAAUGUCUAGUCAAGAUGCAUGGCCUACCUAACAGCCUAUUCAAGCGUCACCGGCUGCACGAGCACGCCUUCUUGGUGCACUUUAUGGACAUGGCUAUUACACGUGAGGGUGGCGUUCACAAUCUGAGCUUGGCUUCAUUGCGGUACUCCUGCUGUCUGCGGGGCCUAAAUCCGGAUGGUCUGAGCGCGGAGGAGAUGAUUGACUGGCUACGCAAGUGGGUGAAAGUAUCCACGUCGAUACAAGGCGAACAUAUCACUCUCUUUCUGCAUCUGCCUGUCCUGCUGGGCUACAACCAUCCCAACAACUGGAAAACCAUCUAUUGUAAUAAGACUCCAUAGUGAACUGGUGCUAGUUGCUCAAAAAUUGUUUUUUGUUUUACAAAAGCAAAUAAAACUGUUAUAUAAAAU